AUGUCCCUCCUUGCGAUUCCUCCUUCCCCGUCAGUUGCGCAGGGUAUGUCGCUUGCGCAGCUGAUGUCUGAACUAGACGUGGCCGGGGCAUUCUUCGGAGUUGCAGGCUUGGUUCUGAUCAACAUCGCGUGGAACCAGGCACCCGUGGUAGGAUGGCAGGAGGCAUAUGUAUACGUCCUGCUAAUCAUCGGAGCCCUGAUUCUAGCCAUGUUCUUCGUCUGGGAGAUCAAGUACGCGGCCAAGCCACUCAUCCCUUUCCACGCACUGGAUCUCGACGUCUGCUUUAUCCUGGGCUGCAUUGCAUGUGGCUGGGCCAGUUUCGGCAUCUGGGUCUACUACUUCUGGCGGUUCUUGGAGAAUAUCCGAGGCAUAUCGCCGUUGCUGGCAUCGGCGCAGUUCAUACCGCCGGCCUUGUCCGGACUGACGGCCUCAUUCACGACGGGACUCCUCAUGGCGAAAAUGCGGCCCGGCUGGAUCAUGCUGAUGGCCAUGGUGGCUUUCACCCUGGGUAAUAUAUUUUCGGCUAUCGCUCCGGUUCAUCAGACGUAUUGGGCGUUGGCCUUUGUAACGCUGUUGGUCACUCCGUGGGGAAUGGACAUGUCGUUCCCUGCGGCCACGGUUGUCUUGUCGAAUGCGGUCGGGCGUCGCCAUCAGGGUGUUGCAGCGUCGUUGGUCACGACGGUCGUUAAUUAUAGCAUCUCGCUGGGGCUGGGCUUUGCGGGCACUGUCGAGGUGCAUGUGAAUAACGGUGGCCAAACCUUCCAUGAUACGCUUAAAGGGUAUCGCGGAGCCUUGUACAUGGGUAUCGGACUGGGUGGGCUUGGAGUUGCCAUCAGUGUGCUCUAUCUCAUCAAGAGCAGACCGAAACCGGGCCAGGAGGAGAAUCGGCUGGAAAAAGCAGCUGAAUGA